AUGCCGGGCGAGGCGGUCACGCUGCAGCUCGGGCACUUCUCGGGCUGCGUGGGCGCGCACUGGUGGGAGAGCCCCGCGCCGCGCCUGGUGGCGCUGGAGCUGAAAGGCGGCGUGGGCGCGCUCGGAGCGGACGGGGCGGGCGCGGAGCCGCCCGUGAGCUGGGACGGGCCCGUGGCCGACUACCGGGAGCGGGGCUGCCCGUCGCGGGACACCGGGAGCUGCAGGGGAGACGCUGCCGGGGACAGGAAGGGCAGUGCCGGUGCUGCGGGGCCAGGUUUGUGCUCGUCCGCGGGGGUCAGCUCCAGAAAGGCAGAAUGCCCUGGAUCCUGCUGCGGGACAGCGCUGGGGAACGGGGAGAAGGGAAACUGGGAUAAAGGUGCAGCUCCUGCAGGGUCCCAGGCCCCCUCAGUGAGGCUCUGGUCUGACUACCUCAACGUUCCUCUGCACCCCAGGAGCCUCUACGUGAUCCGGCAGUACCUGCACGAUGGGGACUGUGGAUGUCUCGAAGCCUUCGGGCAAGGUGAAAGUCUCCUGCAGGACCCUGCCUGUGUGGAGGAGCUGGAAGAUCGGCUGCACUUCUUUGUUGAGGAGUGUGAUUACCUCCAGGGGUUUCAGGUGCUGUGUGACAUUCACAAUGGGUUCUCUGGAGUUGGUGCCAAGGUGACAGAGCUGCUCCACGAUGAAUAUUCCCGGAAGGGGAUCCUGACCUGGGGCCUGACUCCAGUGCUGAGCACUGUGGCAGACCCUCAGAAGAGUUUUUACAGACUGAUGAACACAGCCCUGGGCAUUGCCCACCUCUCCCGUCACAGCUCCCUCUUCUGCCCCCUGUCACUCAGUGGGAGUUUGGGGAUCAAGCCAGAGCCUCCUGUGACGUUUCCAUACAUAAAAUACAAUGCAUCCCUGAACUACCACAGCAGUGCAAUUCUGGCAGCAGCACUGGACACCCUCACAGCUCCCUACAGGCUCUGCUCCUCCCAGGGCUCCAUGCUGCACUUGGCUGACUCCCUCACCUUCUCUGGGAGGAAGGUUGUGGCUGCUUGGGCAGCUCUUCCCUUCCCUGCCUUGUCUGGCUCCUCGCUCCCUGAUGUUUUAAGUGCCCACCAGGAUGUGCCCUGGAAGCUUCUGUCCUCCUGGAAGGAGCAGAAGGGCAGCUGCUGUUUUGCUCAGUCUGCUGUGCUGCGAGGAAUUUGCCAAGAGAAAAGCAGCAGCUGCCUGGGCCAGCCCAGGUCCCCCCUGCACAGCUGUGAGAGCUCUGAGGAGGUGCUCCAGCACUACUUCCACACCCGGUUCCCAGGAGCCUUCAGCACAUCCCACGUGCUCCAGCAGCCCUGUCACACCCAGCCUCCCUUCCCUCAGUUCUUCUCUCCUCUCCUGACCAGACGAGGUUUCCUCCUGGACAAAGCUCAGGGCUUUUCCUCAGCAGGCGUUGAGAGCGUGCCCGUGCUGGCAGCCCUGCAGAGCUGCCCCGGGCUGCAGGGGCUGCUCUGGGGGCUGUGCCGGGAGCUGCGGGCGCGGCGCUGCAGCGGCUCCUGCGCGGCUGGGCUGGAGCACGACGACUUCCAGGAGGCCCUGGAGGAGCUCAGGACGCUGGCCCAGUGCUACCAGACAGGGUCUGGAGCUGAUGGAUCUGAGGAUGAAGAAGAUUCAGACUGAUGCAGGGUGGGAGUGGCUUUAAGGUGGCUCCCAGAAUAAAGGAAUGGUUUUGGAGAUGGC